AUGCGCCGUGGGGACGAAGACUACGAGCAGCGGCGCGAUAGAUAUAGUCGAGAGCGCCAAGUCUCACCACCAAGACGUCGGACGGAGUGGCCUCCAGACGAGCAAGCGCAGCACAGAGAGCGCCGCGCUCCAUCGCCACCGCCGUCGGCGUCCACUCACCAGACACAGAUUUUAUUUUUCAAUAACGUCCCGUCUGAUGCGACGGAGGAAGAAAUAGCGAACAAGGUGGGCUCCGUCAUAGAUAUACGGUGCGUUCGUUCAAUUCAGGUGCCCGUGGAUAAGUCAACGCGUCGACGAAAGGGCUUCGCUUUCGUCGAUUGCGGAACGGUUUCGAACGCAACGCUUGUAAAGGAUGCGCUCAACGGAGCGGCGCUCCGGGGCGACUGGUCUCAUGGAGGGUUAUCGAUAGAGUUCUCCAACUCUGCACGAUCGAAUCGACAAGCCGCGGCUAGCGCGGCUGCACAGGUUGCGAUUUUGCAAGCCACCGCCGUGUCGUCAAUGACGAAGUCGAGCGCCUGUGAGAGUGAUUACGUCUUCGACAAAGCCACCGGCUACUACCGACACCGGACGACCGGUGCUUUGUACGACGCCGUUACGGGUCUCUUUUAUGACGCCGCGACAAACGUGUGGUACUCAUGGAACGAGAAAACGCAAGAGCACAUCGUGGUUGGCGGUUCAUCGGCUCCGUCGGCGUCGAUGAAUGAGAAUACAAAUCGUCUAGUCGUCGCUACGGUCGAAGCCGCACCUACUCGCGCGAUGCAAAUGGAGAAGUAUCGAGAUCGCGCGAAGGAGCGGCGAAAACUUCACGGCGAAGCCAUCCUCGAUGGCGCCGCGCCGAGAAAUACCGUAAAGGGUGUCGUCACCGGCGGAAAGAUCCGAACGAAACGAUAG